AUGUCAUCUAGAUCCACUCCGCUCAGCGAGGAGCAUGUCGCUUUCUCCAAGUUAGAGAAAGGCCCAAUUGGAGAAGAUCUCAUCACCGACACACAAUUGGGGGAAUCCCGCGAAAUCUUCCAGACACAAGUGGAUGGUGUAGAAUUCAGGACGGUCAGUUGGCAGCGUGCCACUGUGGUCUUUGUCAAGAUCGGCUUCGCAAUGAGUAUUCUCAGCAUUCCAGGAGCUCUGGCAACCCUUGGAGCCGUUGGGGGCUGCCUGGCGAUUGUUGGUUUCACUGCCCUGAAUACCUACACUGGUCUCAUCCUAGGUGAUUAUCGCAACAACCACACCCACUGCCACAUGUUAGGAGACAUGAUGGGCAAUAUCUGGGGAUGCGCUGGAAGCGAAAUAGUCGGUGUCAUGACCGUCGUCGGCCAGAUUCUCGUCACGGCUGGCGGAAUCGUUACGACAGGCACUGCGUUCAACGCGCUCACAGACCACAGUGCUUGCACAGCGGUCUUUGCGCUCGUAUCGGCAUUCCUGAUCACCAUGUGUUCAUCUAUCCGCACCUUCUCGAAACUAGGUUGGCUGACUUGGUUCGGGUUUGUAACCUUCACCAUUGCAAUUUUCGUCUUCACAGUUGCAGUCUCGCAGGUGGAUCGCCCUGCAGCUGCUCCCGAGGAUUUUGAGCUCGGCUUUGUCGCCGUUGCUUACCCGACUUUUAUUCUGGGCAUGGUUGCCUCGGUCAACAUCUUCAUCUUUUCAGCUGGCACUUCGAUGUUCCUGCCGGUCAUUUCUGAAAUGAAACGCCCGCAAGAUUACCGCAAGGCUUGUAUAUGGUCUGGCAUCGUCGUCGGUCUCAUGUAUCUUGUCUUUAGUCUUGUCAUCUACCGCUAUUGCGGAAUCUGGCUUUCGACCCCGGCUUUCGGCAGUGCCGGCACACUCAUCAAGAAAAUCUCGUACGGCAUCGCAAUGCCGGGAUUGCUUAUUGGUGUGGGCAUAUACCAGCACGUACCAGCGAAAUACCUCUUCGUGCGCUUCCUGAGGGACUCAAAGCACCUGCAGAAGAACAGUUUCACCCACUGGGGUACCUGGCUGGGUAUCAACUUCGCCUUGGGCAGCGCAGCAUACAUCGUAGCCGAAGCAGUACCGAUUCUGAACUAUCUGCUCGCUCUGGCAGGUGCAGUCGUCUACGUUAACUUCAGUUUCGUGUUCCCGGCGUUCCUUUGGAUGGACGAUCACAAAGGCUACAGAUCUGGCACCCUUGUACAGCAGGUAAAGUUCUGGUUGCAUGUGGCGAUCGCAUUACUCGGCGUUUUCAUGAUGAUUGGUGGAACAUAUGCUGUCGUGGUUGCGAUUAGAGAGGCAUUUGCGACCAGACAAAUUUCGCAGGUCUUUGACUGCAAAGACAACUCGGGUUACGUCCGAUGA